AUGGACGUGAAAGAUGCAUCUGGAUCGUCGGAGAUGGAGUCGUUUUUCCGGAAUCUGAUGACGGCUGCGGAGAAAGCCAGUCGUCGGAAAGGAGAGAUCCCUCGAGAUCAUCCACCAGCUGGUCUGCUGGUGACCCAGUUUAUCAUGAAGCUCUCUAUGAAACAGAUCAAAGAAAACGAUGGGCAUCAGCUCAUCACCACACAGGUUCCCCCGCCUUAUCCCCCAUGCCUCCGGCCCGCCAACAGCCUCAAGCACUUUCCAAUCUCGAAGAUGAAGCUGGAGGAACACCACAGGGGCAAGCAGGUUCUCGUCCGAACGAUGACCCCGCCUGACAGAUGGAACUCUAUCUUAGCCAUCGUGGAGGAUCAGGAGGGAACUGGGACUCUGCUGCAGCUUUAUAACCAGCCAGAUGAGACCUUGGUCAAGGCCGAGGACAUUCUCCCUCAGAACAGCGUCUGCCUAGUCAAAGAGCCGUUCUUCAAGGCUACGACCUCUGGAGGGUACAGCCUUCGCGUGGACCACAUCGGCGACAUCCUUGUACUCCAUCCGGACGAUCAGCGCAUCCCGAGGAUGUGGAGGUCUUACAGGAAGACUGGUACCAACUCGGAAGAGAUCCGAUCUCAGGGCAACGCAGCCGUCGCGCAGCAAAACUGGGGAAAGGCUGAACGUCUGUACUCCGAUGCGAUCUCUUCCGCUACGACGCCGGCGCAAGAACAGACUGCUCUCCUCAACCGCUCACUCGCGAAUCUGAGACUUCAACGUCCAGAGAAGGCGCUAUCCGAUGCUCUCAGGGCCCGUGGCGGCAGUGUCCCGACUGAGAAGGGCCUGUUCCGAGAAGCGAAGGCACAUUACGCUUUGGAGCAGUUCAGCCUGUGCUUAGAGAAGCUCCAGCAACUGGUCGAACUUAACCCUGCCAACAAAGACGCCAAGAUGGAAGUCGAGAGAGUCCAUCGUCGCUUGCGCGAAGAGGCCGGCGAAUACCAGUGGGCGCAGAUGUACAGACAAGCCAAGGCGACUCCUCCGCUCAUCGACUGUGCAACCUUCUCCAGUCCCGUUGAGGUUCGAGCGUCCCCGGGACGUGGAAACGGGCUCUUCGCGACCAAGGCUGUGAAGGCUGGAGACCUCCUCCUUUGCGAAAAGGCGUUUGCGUAUAGCUACGCCGGGGACGACGAUCCCAUCGGUCGCCAGAAUUCCAGGAUCCUGAUGAAUAUGACCACCAAGAGGAUGAACAAGCUGCAGCACAAUCCGCAGAUUGCUUCACGCUUCACGGAACUGUACCGUGGAGACUACGGUUCAACUAAGAAUUCUCAGACAGACGAGAUCCCAGUCGAUACAUUUCUCGUCGAGAAAAUCAUUAGCUUGAACUGCUUCGGAGCUCCGCGAAGCAGUCUCAAGAGCUUUGAAACCCCUGAGAAGGAAUCCGCCUUUCACACUUGCGGUAUUUGGACCAUGGCAUCUCACAUCAACCACUCCUGCGUCGGCAAUUGCAGACGUUCUUUCAUCGGCGACAUGAUGAUCCUCCGAGCUGCUCAAGAUCUCGAACCCGACACGGAAUUGCUCUUUUGCUACCAACUUCCUCACAAAGAUGACGACCGCGCGGCAACCCAGAAGCGUCUACAGAGCUGGGGCUUUAUCUGCGAGUGUGAGCUGUGCCUUGACAAGAAGUCGACUUCGCAACAGGCCUUCCAGAAACGUCAGGGUCUUCUUCAACAGCUGUACUCGGUUAUGAAAACCUGUAGAACACCACUCCAGGAAUCCAAGGCACAGCGGUUUCUGACUCAACUCGAGAGCUGUUACCCGAGCAGAGAGGGGGCAGUCCGCCUUGAGCUAUGGGAUUCAUAUUUCGGACUUGGUCAGAAGGAAAUUGAGAGAGGCAAUGCCGUUGAGGGUCUUGAUCUGACUAUCAAGGGCUUUCAGGCCCUGGGAUACAUCUUCGCGAUUUCAAUGCCCGGAAAGGGUGGUAAGAAGGCGAAGCUAGAGGUCAAGAAAUGGGGCCAGAUCAACGACUAUACUGUGGUUGGGUUUCUCGGCCUGUUCCAUGCCUACAAGUCCAUUGCUCCUGAGUUGUGCGAGGUGGUCAAGGGCUACGCCCGUGUUGCUUACACUAUUCAUGUUGGGGAGAGCGAGACUGCUGGCAACUUGUAUGAAGAUCUGCGGUGA